AUGGCUGAGAAACUUCACUUCCAGCUGCGAACCAGAAAGCUCAGCGACGCACUGCCACGCACUGGCUUGACGUUCCUCGGCUACAGCCAGGUCACGAACAGCCCUCACCGCGACGCGGAUAUAGCCAACGCGCUCCGAAGAGCUGGUUACCGUCUGAACAAGGAAGGCACCACCCGCGCCUUCCUCCCCAUGUUCCAACUCGCCGCCCCCAUCAUCAACGCCGGCGGUGCAGGUGACCUCUGGGACGUUCUGGAGGCCGUCCGGACCCAGAUCGACUGGGCCAGAGGCAAGCGAGUUUCGGGGUCCGCAUUCUUCGAGCUCUUCACCAGGCUGGUCGAGGCCCGCCACGAGUGGAAGAAACACCCUGUGUAUCCCAACUACAUGUUCGAGAAGUACGACGCCCUGACGCUGGAGAUCAUCAAGUUCCGGCUCGCUGUGGGCGACUGCGAGAGCGACCAGGAGGGAGAUCCGCGCCCGGAGGACGAGAAUUCCUGGAUAUCGGGCUCGGCUUACUUGUACAACGUGUUGGCUGGUGGUAUGGACUCGGAUGAGGACGAGCCGUGGGAGGACGACGAGGAGCAGGAAGAGAAGCGUUCAGAGGAGAAGAAGCAGGCAGAGGAGGAGGAGAAGCAGGAAGAGAAGCAGGAAGAGAAGAAAGAAGCAGAGCAGGAUGACGAGCUGGGCAGCGAUUCAAUGGAGACUGAUGAGUGA